GUUAAAUCGACAAUUUAAGCCGCUUAAACUGUAAGCAUGUUUCAUUUACUAUUCUUAGAGUACUUACAAUUGUGUGCGCUAUUUUAAUUUAUAUAGAUGGUUCGUAUAUAUAUCGGUAGGAGUGACGGCAGUAAAUAGGAUACGGUUGUUGAGUUGGGCGGCAGUUUUAAGUGAAAAUGAAAGUAAAACAGUUUGAUUUACUUUAAUAUAUGUGAUGUGUACGUAGCGAAUCUGUAGGAGAUCAGUUGCAUAUUAAAGUAAUUAUAUAAUAUCAGGACAUCGUUUAAAAUAUUGGAAUUUACGUGUUUUCAAAGGGACGAAAUUACUUGUUCAGAUAUAUAAACAUGGUUCCUGAAGAUUGAACUUAGCUAUUAAAUUCGCGAUGAAAAGUUGCCAUGAUUUUUACAUGUUACAUCAAAUUGAAAAUUUGACAUUUCUUUGACGGGAAUUUCUAUAUGUGACAUGUAUAAUACUGGAUAUAAAUUGUGAAAGUAGAUGUGCCAUAAAUACUGGAUUUUACUUUAGUUACCAGUUAUUGCAAAGAUUCGACGCCAAAGUUCACAUUUUUAAUAUAAUACAGAACAGUGGAAGUACUAACUAUCAUAUUGAAAGUCCGUAAAAGCAGAAAGCGGUGGUAAAAAUGUGAAGAUGCUAUCAACAAAUAGAUAAAGACAGUGAAAGAGAAAAUAUCGCUAUAAGAGAUAAGGCUACAUUUGCUGCCGGACAAUACAGAUGAAUUUCUUAGAAAACGUGUUUGCAAUUUUUGCAAGUUUUCUCUAUCUUCUAUGUUCUGGAAAGACUAAUGUUUUUGGUGAAAGUCAUGGAGAUAUUUUUACAAAUUGCGGAGGUUUAUACGAAGAGCCUAAAGGUGUUUUAUCGACGCCGAAUUUUCCGGGGCCUUAUCCUACCCCGUUAUACUGCGAAUGGUUGAUACACGCCCCGAACCCGGGGAAGAAAAUUGUUCUUUAUUUCACCCAGAAUUUUAUGAAAGACUCUAUCUACAUUUCUUCAUAUGAUCACUACCAAGACAUUAACCUAUACGUUGGACGUACAGAAUUGGGACAAAUUUUCUGGGAACACGAUUUGGCUUUUUUGGUGGAGUACAAACCGUAUAUCCUUAUUCAGUUUUCAGUGGAGUCCAUUGGAAAUCGUCAUUUACGGGUUAUAGACCAUUUACUGGAUGUUUAUGGAUUUAACAUCACUUACGAAGUUGUGGACAAAAAUGAGAAUUUAAUCAAAAAUACUUGUUCUGUUAAAACGUGUUCAUAUCUCGGAAACUGCAUUGCUUCUGCAGACUUUUCCAAUUAUUCUUGCCAAUGUUUUGACAAAUUCUUCGGUGAAAAUUGCCAGUAUGGGCCUUAUUGUGAUCCAGAAAACGGAAUUAAUUUGUGUUCAAACGGAGGACUUUGUAAGUAUUUCUUUGGCUCUUUGAUAAACCAAUGCGAGUGCCCGGAUGGCUUUGGAGGUGCUUACUGUGAAAGGGCAGCAGGCGAAUCCCUUAAUGUCACAGCCAUGCCCGAAGAAUGUUUGACGCUGAAAUGUAGCCACGAGUGCGAGAUUGAUUUCACCGGACAACCAAAAUGUUAUUGUCCUGACGGCUACAGUAUGGAUGAAGAUAACUUAACAUGCAUACCCAUAGAUCGUUACCGGUUUGAUGUGUCACUAGAAUUUCAGAAGUUCAUUAACAUCCCAUCCAUAAGUGAAGUCGAGAAAAUAAAAAAUCAGAUUCGUGAAAGGUUGAAGUCAAAUGGCAUCAAAACUGUGUCGGACUUAGAAAUCCAUGGAUUUAGAAAUUCUACUGAAACAACAGUUCUGGAAUUCCACUUUAAUUGUUUGGUAUCCGAAGUGAAUUCGGUAAAAGAUGCUUUGAAAUCCCUCACCGAUCUGGGUGACCUUGCUGGGUACCGGUUAAAACAGACUGUGCCUAAGUAUGAAAGUAAUCCAGAACUUAUGUUGUCGGAAAUUAUGAAUUACGACCCACACCCAACACUUCGAGGAAAGAUGCUAACUCUGGUGUGCGCAGCCAAAGGGUCAAGUAAGAUGAAGUUUCGUUGGUUCAAGGACAAUGUCCGAGUUGAUACUAGUCUUACAUUGAGGAAUGCAUGGGAAACAAUCGUCCCCCACACUGUUCAUGGAAUGUUCCUUUCUGUUCUAAAUAUAGACAGCGUCAUGCCUAUAGAUCAAGGUCUGUUUAGCUGCCAGGUUGAAGACUUCGGAAAGUCGGUAGUAGGAAGCGUGGACGUGACAGUAAAUAAUUACCCGAGAGUUCAGCUGGAUCCAAUGUCCCUUAGUGUGAAUAAAGGACAAACAGUUGCUUUCAAGUGCCUUUCGCCUGAUGACAGCUGGCAACAUUUCACUUACGAGUGGCUAAAGAAUGGAAUGAAAAUCGCUGCCAACUCAAAGUCUGAAUACUCAGAAGAAUUGUAUCCGACUGGUGUCCGGCUUGUUGUACCGGAAGUCAAAGAACACGCAGAAUAUACAUGUAAAGUGACAAAUGAGGCGGGAUCAGCCAAUGUGUCAGCCUUCGUUUACGUCAUCGCAGAUAAUGCCACCGCUCAUUUCUGUUCGAGGAGUUAUGUCGGGGAAGUGGUGUGGUUAAAUACUUCCGGUGGUCAUUUUGACGUCCAGCGUUGUCCUACUGAACAAGGAGGAGAGUAUACACAUCUUGGGACCAUAGAUUUUGGUUAUGCCAGGAGACAUUGUGAAUGUGAUGCGUCAUAUCGACAUUGCAAGUGGGCGGAGCCAAACUUUUCAAAAUGCCAAUCAUUACGGCUCAUUCAUACUUACGAUGAAUUGGAACUUCUCCGCAAUGGCUAUCAACAGACGAACUUGUCAGACAUAUUUGAUGACUUGUACAAAUUUACCUUGUCGAAGAACAAAGAUGCUAUCCUGUUUUCGGGAGAUGUAGAUAUGGUAGCUGGAAUACUAAAAGAGCUUAUCAGUCAUAUGAAAACAUUUCCUCAGCUGGUACAAAGAGACAAGAUGAAGAUUGAAGCCGGGCGUCUUGUUGAUCUCCUUGGAGAAAUUCUACAUAGAUCGUCAAUGGCUACCCCUGAUGAGAAGUCUGAUAUUCUGGUUGGGCCAAGUGUUGUACAGACAAUUCACAACCUUGUUACAGGAGCAAUUGAAGAACUCCAGUUUUCUACACCAUUGAAAAUUUUGUCAUCUGUCUUAGAUAUGAUAGAAGAAACAUUGACAGAGGUUCCGUGUGCAACAUGUGAUACAGGCUAUGCAACAAAGCAUCAAACUGAAGACACUGUUCUACCUAUGAAAGUGAAGACGUUUACAGUUCGAUCGCGAUACCUUGUUGAUCUGCUUUCUUACAGAGAUGCGAUCAACAACAAAGCAAACAGGAUUGAGUUUACGCCAGUUUCAGCAGUUUAUUCUGUAGCACACCGAAAUGAGGACAUCACAAACUUCAGAAAUCCAACUGCUAGAAUCGUGAUCAAUCAUAACACGGAUGCAAAAGUUUUAAGAUCUAACACAACAGUGUGUUUGAAGUGGGCAUUUGAUAUCCGACACAUCUACAGUGGGAUGUGGACUCAGGAAGGAUGUGUAACAAGGGAAUCUCACCGGGAUAGAACUGUAUGUGAGUGCAGACUGCCCGGUCACUUCAUAGCUGGAAUGAUUCCAUCAAAUAUAACUGAUGUAUCUCAAAUACAUUUGGUGAACGAAAUAAGCUUACCAUUCAUCAUCAGUUAUUCCGUUUCACUUGUAUUAGUGAUAAUUGCAUGUGUCGUUUAUAUUAGAACCAUCAGAAAUUUGAAUAUAGAGAUUCACACGGUACACUUCAGUUUUGUCAUUAGCAUUGUGCUUGCUACUGCGGUCCGUGUCAUCUGCUUGAUUCAUGUCAAUGCUAGCCAGGUCCUAACCGAAGUUCUCGGAAGCACGCUGACGUUUUCAUUUUAUGUAGCAGUUACGGCCCUUUCUCUUGAAAUGUUUCACCUUUUCGUCAUAACUUACAACAUCAAGUUGAUUCUCAUGACAAAACUGAAGUUUAUCAUCGUUUGUUGGGGCAUUCCAUUUAUUUUGAUGAUACCAACAAUUUUUGUUUCAAAGUACCUUGAUAAUGAUGAUCCAUACUCCUGCCAUGCAAUUUGCUGGAUGUAUCUGGGAUCGAGGCAGUUGUUGGUGUUCGUUUUAAUACUGAGCUUGAACCUAAGUAUUUACAUUCUUUUGCUCAUACUCUGCAUUUGCUCACUUCGAAAGUGGACAGAAGAAUGGCGGUAUGCAGAAAAACAAACAUAUGUGAAAUCCAUUCUAAAGAAUUCCAUUUUAUUCCUAUUUUUGUUGUUGACGAUCGGAUCCGGUGUGGAUCUAGAGCCAUGGAGUAACAUGCCACACGUUGCCUGCAAUAUUACAUUCCAGUUAUCUUUAUGCAUGUUGGUGCUUAUAAUUCGCUGCAUUAUAAAUAAGCAUGUGCGAUAUUUAUGCAUUCGAAUAUGUUGUGGAACUCCCAGACGGGAAUCUACAUUAAAGGACCAGGCCAAUUACAAAUCAUUCCGUGCCUUUAUUGAACCUACAAGGGUAAAUAAUGUUGUGAUAAGCCAGGAGGAAGACAAUGUGUCGAAGUACUAUGAUGAAGUUAAUAGAACAAAAUAUACGAAAGAAAGAAAGAGGAUGUUGUCCUCCCUGCUUGGAAGCGGUUCCAAUGGUUCAGGCCCAGAAUCGCGCCGCUCGGCGUCAGGCGGGAGUACCGCAGAGACUUCUGUAAGCUAUAAUUCUAGCAGUGGUGGAUCAAAGGAGAGUACAUCGCCUUCUUUGCUGAUGAAUUUCUUUAGCCAUAGCGGAACUGACUGUGGCAUUUUAAUAAAUGAAUACUCGAAAAGUACAUCGAGUGUUGGCGCUAGUGGUAGUGUAAAAGACGAUAUCCAACCAGCUUUACAAACUAAUGAUUCCAAUAUCAUCAUUGAUAAACGUGACAAAAGUAAAUCGGUCAGUUCCAAAUGCAAUAAAAAAAAGUCUAACGUUAUUAUCGAGGGAAAAUGUAAACACACUAAUCCUAAAUUGGAGGUGCAUUCCUCGGCUAUGAAUGAACUGUCGUUUACACAUAUUGAUCAUGAAUUUAGAAAUCAACCGGAAGAUACUCAUGCUACUGAAAGCAAUAAUAAACAACAGUCAAGUAAGAGUAUAUCAGAACCUAAUAAUAGUCAUUCAAACCAGUAUAACAUACAUCAUAUCCCUCUUAUACAUGGAACGCCUGAAAAAGAUUUUUUGUGCAAUCAAGAAGACUUAAGUGGACAUGAUGACUCAUGCGAAGAAAUCGAUAGCUUAGAAGGUGGGGCAGAUGAUAAUGUCAGAGAAUGCUGUGCCCUCUUAAAUCAUAAUGAGGACGACAUAAGUGAUCUUGAAGAUGACAAAUCCUCUUGCAGUUAAAAUGUUUGUGUGUCAAAAGGAUAAUGGUAUUUCCUUUCCCUGCGAUAAGUGAGGAGACAAAGUGUCAUUGCACCCUGCUUUUUUUCAUUACAGCAUCUUCCUUUCAGGUACAGUUAAUAUCAUGAAAGUGAUUGUAUUGAAAAAUGUUCUGUGUACAGAUUGGAUUCUGAUAUUGUUAUUUCUUUAUUGACCUGAAUAAAUUGUAAAUAACGGGUAUGCGUGAAGAUAUGUUUUUAUACAAUUCUUUGUGUUCAUUUUCAAUGGCAUAUUUUAAAGUGGCAUUGGUAUUUUAAUUCUGGGUUAUAGUUAUAAUUUUCAUAUUUUGCCUUUUAAUUGAAUGAUUUCAGCUUGCUUGUAAAUUGUUGUAACAGUUAUAAUAACAUUGGGGUUUUGUACUAUUAUUACUUAACAUUUUGGUAUUAAUGUUUGAUCUGUGUUCGUUACCCGAUUCGAAUACUACAUUUACGUGAUGGUUAUCAUAAAAUGUUGAGUCUGAAUAAAACUGUUAUCAGAACUUAACCUACCGGACUUAUAUUGUCAACACUGUUAACCGAAGCAUUGUUUACCUAACGGUAACAGUCGAGUUGCUACAUAUCGCUAGAACUGAAAAACAGCACGUGUGUACAUUUAAUUAGGAAAUAAUGUAUAGAAACCCCAUGUUUUAACGUUAUCAAAGCCCGAAAAUAAAUAGUUAUACAUACAUGUACAUUUAACCAAUUUGAGUGCAUUAAUUUAAGUCAAACACGAUUUUGCUAUACAUUAUUUCGAUUCUUAUAUGCUCUUAAUAUAAAACAGUAGAUAGAAUGUACUAGCGCUCUCUCUUGGUCGCAACAAACAUGUUGCCGUCAUCGCACGUUAAUGUGACGUCAUUUUAGCGUAAGCGUGUUUUAACAGAUGCAAGCAUAUUAGAAUGACCAUUUAAUGAAAAAAGAUGAUGAGAGUAAAACAUUUACUGGAUCUUGGUCGUAUAUGCCGUUUACCUUAAAUAUAACAAUCAUGUUGUGAUAUUAUUAUGACACCGGUGGAACUGAUGCUUAGUAUUAAAGAAGACUGUUUCGUUUCAAAUCCUAUUUUGUAAUGUCUUUAACACCGCAGAAAUGUACAGUAUUACUGCCUGUUCAUUGACAGAUCUGUAAAUCUGUAGUUCUUUAAUUUUCGAAACUAUAUUAAGAGCCGCGCCAUGAGAAAACCAACAUAGUGGCUUUGCGACCAGCAUGGAUCCAGACCACCUGCGCAUCAACGCAGUCUGGUCAGGAUCCAUGCUGUUCGCUAACGGUUUCUCUAAUUGCAAUAGGCUUUGCAAGCGAACAGCAUGGAUCCUGACCAGACUGCGCGGAUGGUUUUCUCAUGGCGUGGCUCAUUAUAUCUUUUAUGCAGUCUAUGUACGCUGCCAGUUAUUGUAAAUUAGUGAUUGAUUUAUACUGUUCAUGAAAAUGUCAUAGAUAAUUAUGAUUUUAUGUGUUCUUUUGUGUAAGAUUAACACCGAUACAUAUAUUUUGCAUAAUAUGUCUACAUAUUGCUUUUUAAAAAAAGCAUUACAGUGCUUUAAUAUUUAUUUUCUAACUUUUUUGUAUACAUUGUACACUAUAACUUAAUUGUUUUGUUGAAAAAUUGCGUUGUCAAGUGAAUUUAUGUUAUAUGUUUUUCAGUCACAAAUUGCUACACUUCAGUCUAUUCUACGCUGGUUGGCAAAAUACAUGUAACAUCGUUACAUAAACAAAAUCGGCGCUAUUUAAUUAAGCAUUUUCUUUCUUAAAGUCAAGUUGAUAGUCGCUACAAUUAAAUCUCAAGCAGAUAAGUGUUAAAAUGUAUUUCUAUGACUCUGAGGGUUGUUAUCUUGCAAACCAGUAGUAUCGCAAUGUUUUACGCUAUCUUGCCACAGAUUCAUUUAUACAUCGUUAUACAUCGAUUGAUUACUUUUUUGUGGGGAGGGGGACAUAUGAAAUGUGCUUAAUAAAUAGGUCAAAAUACAUUGUGCUUCUUGCCAAGGAGUUUGGAUCCACUAAUAUUUUGGGUUUGUUUUAUGCCUAAGACUGUUAAAUGUGAUAUUCUGUUAAAAAAGUUUUGCUUGUUAUAUUGACACAACUGAGGCUACAUGACGGGAGAUAAAGCCAUUUAAUAAUUUAGUUAUUAUACAUGCUGAUUAUUAAUUUCCUGUGAUAUUGUUGUUAUGUAUGUAUUGCUUUUCCAUUUACAUACUUUAUUAUGUGUUUACUUACUUACUUUGCAUAAUUCAUUAUAUUCCUUUAUGUGUUUUAAUAGAAGCAGAUGUUGUGAAGUUUGUUGUAUCAAAACUGGCCAUGUUAAUUCAUAAUUUUAACAUGUCCGAAACAUUGCGGAAUGAUACCAGUUUCACUUGGUUUAUGAUUACAUUUUUACUUGGACUUUAUCAAAAACUCCUGUGUGUAUCUUAAAAAAUGAAACUUUUACUUUUUAUAAUAUGAAGCACCCUUUGGGUGUGCAUGGUCAAAAAACUGCAUUUGAUUUCUGAAAUUGCUUGAUAAUGAGUCUAAAGUCGCUAUAUUUUUAUUUUAAAAAUGUUUCGUUUUUAGCAAGUGGAAACAUGUAUGUACUUUAGAAUAUAGGUUUAGAAUUCCUGACGUCAUGUUGAAAUUAUUAAUUGCAGUAUUGUAAUAUCAAUUGCCUAUUUCUGUUUAUUACACAUACACAAAUAUUCAUUUGUUCUUUGGGCGCUCUUUCUCGCUUUGGACAUUGCUAGAUUUUACUUUUUUCUUGUCAGAUAUCUUCUUGUAUUUAUGGAAUGCAGUUACGAUACAGAUCAGAUAUCCUUAUUUUUUUCAGAGGUGGAUUAAUAAAAUCCAUUUAGUCCGUGGUUUUAACUUGUGCUACUGAAUUUUUAACAAAUAAAUAUAUGUUGAUAAAAUAUUCUUGCAACUAAUAGUACUGUAUAUUUCAGUCGGUUGACGACUGAGUCGAUAUUCGGAUAAACAUCAUUUUUACAAAAUUUAGAAAUUAUUUCAUUUCUUAGAAUCUGAAAAUCAAAAUAUGUAGAUAAGCAGUUAAAUAGUGUACAAAAUGUUCUAUGUAAACUAGGAGUUACGCUAUACUACAAGGUAGUGGAGCCGUAAUGACACUCGGCAAUUUUCGUAUAAUUGCGUGGUCUGUUUUGGCAAUUCGGCCUUCUUCGGAAAUACUUAUAGCUCAACGCGCACAUGAAUAUCUGUAAAACCGGAAAAUUCCGAAAAAAUACGUAAUUUGACGAUUGUCAUUUAGGACCAACUACCUUAAAAAUUCCGAUAAAUGAAUUCCGCUAUUUCAUAGACGAUGUAAUGACCCAUUUUAGUGGUCGCAUGUCCGAUUAAAUAGCAUUGUUAUAAGGAAACCUGCUUUUUGGUUUACGAAUAAAUUUAAAAUUACGCUUUUUUUCUUCGUUGUAUAACUUUUAGUCUAAGAUAACAAACUAUAAUUAUUGUCAUUUUGAUACAUAUGUUGGGUUAAUACUCGUACAAUGCUUUCUCCUCUCAUUCUAUAUUUUAAGUAUGCAGUGGGGGUUUAAGAGCUUUUUUUGCAAAUUUUCAUUCUCUUGAAUAAAUAAUUACUUUUUGAUAAUAGUAUGUUGUUAUUUGUACAUAUGGUUAAAUUGUAAGUUAAAGUAUGCAUAUUUAUGAAUGUUGAUGUUAAAUAAAAUGUCAGUUCAUAACAGAUGUGUUU